GUAUGCAAGGAGGAAUUGAUGGACCAGCAAAGUCUUCCCGAGGCGCUGCCGAGGAUCUUGCCCUCGUCCCCCGCCCGGCCGGCCUCCUCGCGGGCCGCGCGGCGCGCCGAGCAGGCCUUGUGCCACGAGCUUGUCGCUCCCAGCGUGCCGGCCGAGCCCGCGUGGAACAGCCGCGACCAGGAGUGUGGACAGGCCGAUGCCGAGGCGAGCAUGGAUUCGACCACCACCUGGGCGAGCGCAUCAGACACGUCGUGGACGGUCGGGCGAGCAGGCUCCGACUUUUCUCUGGCUACGUCGGCGGCCUCCUCGGGGGAGCUGGACCCGAUGAGGCGGCACAGCGGCGCCUCCGACGAGGGCGACCUGGACACCAGCCCCAGCCCCCCGUCGUCAUUGCGACGGGGCGGCAGGCCGCUGGCGAAGAAGAAGGUGUCGUUCUCGGGGCGCGCCGAGACGCUCCGAGUGCCGCUGCUCAACGGGGCGCGGCUCACGCCGCUCACCACGGUGCGGGGAAGCAUCAUUGACGAUGACCUGGACGACCUGGCGCUGAGCUCCACGAUGAGCAUCCACCUGAGCCUCAGCGGGUCGGACACGGACUGA